GCCAGAUUGGGAUAAAACAUGGGAGGCUUAGUAGCGCAUGUGCUCCGCCUCGCAACACAACCCCCAACCUGCCAAGCCAAGUGAAAGGAUAUAUACUGACAUGCCUUUCUCCUGUCAUCACUCUGCAUACUGCACUAAUGACCGAUCAAUAGCAUUUGAGAUACUUCAACACUACAACCGAUCCUAGCUAUACCCAGAAGCACAAGGGAGACAUAAAUCAACACCACACCUCUGUCUCCCGACAUUGACUUCGGAAGCCUCAGAAUGGGAGUCCCGGAGAAGACCACACCCCUUCACAACGCCGAUGCCGCAGAGCCGGCCCCGCCCGCAUACGUCCAAAAUCAACCACUACCAAAUUACCUUUGCAGCGAAUCAAAAGCCGCACCGCAACAACAAUUCUCGCUACAGCCCCAACAUCUACGCUUCCCCUCCCAAUUCAAUGUCUACACCCACUUCAGCACCUUCACCCUAGGCCCCCACCAGGAUGAUAAGCUCUUCACCGUCGUCCAAACCGGCCUUCGAAAACCCAUGGCGCUCGUCCAAGGCGACGACAAAAAGGCGCCGCCGCUUUCCACCCUCAAAAUGAAAGGCCUGGGCAGCACCUCCGUGCUCACCAUCUUCCCCCACGAGGGCGGCGAGGUCUUCGAGCCUCUGGAGAUCACCAUCGAAAACCACUCUUCCAAGCAUUGCUUCUGCAUCGCGCUUCCCAACAAGGCUCCACAUUAUUUUGAGUGGCGCAGUUCAAAGAGCGAGGAGGUGCAGGCGCUCGGGUCGUACAAGCGCGGCUGGAAGCUGGUGUGGCUGCGGAAAGAUGGAGGGGGGGAGGAGAUUGUGGCUGCGAGCGCGCUGAACAACACCAUGAGCAUGAAGAAGGGGCUCAAAUUUGGCUUCUUCAAUGCGGGCUUGGACGGGACGCUCGGGGAUACGUUUCAUAUUGCGGCGGUCACGACGGCGAUGAAUGAUUUCGAGAUGUUCUUGAGUACCAAAACCGCGAUUUCGGGGAAUGCUGCAACAGCUGCGAGUGUGGCUUCGGUGUCGGCCGUGACUUCGUGAGAAAGGUUCAAGAUAUCGCCAUGCGCAUUGCUUGGUGAUGGGCGGCACCGCUGCCGCACAUUACGAUAGUUAGACAUUUAAGAUAUGUAAGAUAGAUCGUGAGAGGGCAUAAGCCUAAUGACACUAGCAACGACAA